CAGGUGUGCCGCCCUGGACAACCACCGCUCCGGGGACGGUUGAGCUGAAUCUCCCUUGCGCCUGCAACACAUCCCUAAAAUCUCUGCUUUGGACCAUCCUUCUGUAAUUCCUUUCUCUCUUCAUUACCUUUGCGCACUCAUACAUCCUAAUCCAUUUCCGACCCUUCGCCCUAGAACCGAGAACUUUUCAUCAUGGGUGACAGCAACCAGGCCACUACUCCCGGCUACGACCGCGCCGCCAACGCCCCCGAUGCCGCUGCUCUGGACAAGGGCAAGGGCCGGGCUACCGAGCCUACCCACGACGAAAACCUAGAGGAGGAGGAUAGUGACGAGAGCGAGAACGAGGAGAUGGCUGAAGACGAUAAUGAUGAUGACGGCGAUAGCCUCGAGCCCAUAUCUGAAGACAACAUCAUCUCGGGUGGCCGUCGUACUCGCGGCAAGAUCGUUGAUUAUCAGGCGGCAGCCGAGAAGCUAAAGGCCGAUAACAUGAUGGACGACGACGAGGAGGACGACGAUGAGGAUUAUGAGGGUGGGGAAGAUGAUGAGGAUACCGUCAUGCGCGGCUGAAAUGCACGAUCUCUUAAUGACUCGGACGAGACUAUCAUACCACCAUUAACAUAGGGGCGGCGAGUGUGAACGGGCAAUUGGUUGACAGGCGCAGGCAGGAUUUUGGGGGUCUUCAUCGGAUUCGUUAACGUCGGGGAUUAUUUUGCCAUUUAAUCAAUGCUGGCUUUUUCCUGGCUUGGGAUAAAAGAAUAUUCUACAAAUGUUUCUGUGUCUGUCCGCGCUGAGAUCUUUGCUAUUUAUGUGCAUGCAAUGCACACUUCUUCGGAGCCAACAUGAGUUUACAGAUCUCGCCUCGCGGUUGUUUUAGCAUAAACUACAGUCCGGUCGAAUAGUGAGAGGAUAAUUGCAUUGAUUGCAGUAAUGAAAUGAAAUCA